AUGAACCAACUAAAGGACAAUCCCAUCCUCCGGCCGAACCCGUUGCAUGUUUGGUCUCAACCAGUUUUUAGCCAGCUGCUGGUUUCAAAUACGCAUGCGAUUCAAAACGUCGAUGAUUCGGCGUUCCUGACCCCAAACGCCCGGCACGACAAACAGGUUGACUAUACGACCAGGUCCUCCUCCUCUUCUCCGCACGCAAACAACCAUAGCAGAGAGGAAGCGAACCAUGGUGUCUCCCCCAAGAACCAUCCGGACGAUCAUCACACUUUCAAGGAUGGUUUCGUUCACACGGACGGUCCCUUCGUGCGGGUCCUACAGCGUUCAGGCGAGCAGCAGGUGCCGAGUCCUCGAAGACCAGCGGAGCUGACGAAACAGACGCUGCGACCGUACCUUGCUCUGAGUCAAACAGAGGCAGCCAGGUCACUGGGCAUGUCGCUUUCUGCGUUCAAGAGGCUGUGCAAGAAGGUCGGGCUGGAGAAAUGGCCGUAUGCGAGGAGGAAGGGGUCGUCGCAGCUGACGGAGAGGCACAAGGCCAAGCUGCGCCAGUACGAGGACGAGCAGUUCCGCGGAGAAGAGGAGGAGGAGGAGCAGGAGGAAGAGGUAGCGGAAGUAGAGGAGGAGGAGGCCGAGCAUAGUAUGUCUCUCAAGGCAAUAGGAGCGUUGCGAGAGGAAGGCUGGUACGACAAAGAACUCUUUGAGGAGGCGAUGUUUCAUAUCCAGUUAGUGUGA